AUGGCGAAUCCAAAUUUCUAUAAUACAGUACGUGCAAACGUAAAUCCACCGAUGAUAAUUCUUUUAACAAUAAACUACGCAAGCAAAAUAGAAGUUUGUAGACAUGAGCUGCCACUAAAGAUGUUGGAGGAAAAAGAAUUAACUGCUCAAUACAAAAACAUAACUCGAAAGCAAGCCAAUUCAUCAUUUUUAUUUAGAUGGACUUGCGAAAAGUCUAAAAAAGAAAACAGUGAAGAUUGGUUUUGCAACAAUCAAAAUUGCAUCUUGAAUACAAAUAAUAUUUCAAGGAUAUUCAAUAAAACUUGGCCAAAUCUUCCCAAAACCUUCAAAAAUAUUUUUAAUGAAUUGUAUGAAAAUAUAAAAGAAAGACGUUUGAAACCACAGACAGACUUUAUAUUCAUAACAGAUGAUCGAAGUUUACAUAACAAAAAUGCCCUCGGCUUGCAAAAUAACAAUCAAACCUCUUAUGAUAGUUCGAUUAAUAAAAUUGUAACUACGCAUACAAGUAAUAUUUGCGGUAAUUCGUUAAUCGAUGCGAACGGUGCGUCUUCCAAUUUAAAUGGCAAUCGGAUUUCUUACGAUGAUGCACUUAAUACCAAUAUUUACGAUAAUUCAUCAUUUGAUCCGGAUGGCACGUAUUCUAAUUUAAAUGAGACUUUUUACGAAAACUCUCUUAAUAUCUCUACAAACAAUAAUCACGAUAAUUCGUUAACCGGCCUGGACGACGCGUCCUUUAGUUUAAAUGGCAAUCAGAUUCCUUAUGAUGAUUCACUUAAUGUCAAUAUUUACGGUAAUUCGUUAAUUGAUCUGGGUGGCAUCAUGCACUUCAAUUUAAAUGGCAAUAGGCUUCCUUACGAUAAUUGCGCCACAACUACGCAUAUAAGCAAUAUUUGCGGUAAUUCGUUAAUCGAUUCGAGUGGUGCGUCCUCUAAUUUAAAUGGCAAUCGGAUUUCUUACGAUGAUGCACUUAAUACCAAUAUUUAUAAUUCAUCAUUUGAUCCGGAUGGCACGUAUUCUAAUUUAAAUGGGACUUCUUGCGAUAACUCUCUUAAUAUCUCUACAAACAGUAAUCACGAUAAUUCGUUAAUCGAUCUCGGUGACGCGUCCUUUGAUUUAAAUGGCAAUCGGGUUUCUUACGAUGAUUCACUUAAUGCCAAUAUUUACAGAAAUUCGUCAAUUGAUUUUAAUGGCACAUACUCUAAUUUAAACAGUGAUUGGGCUUCUUACAAUGUCGCUACGACUACACAUACAAAUAAUCUUUACGAUAACUCGCAUAUUGAUCCGUGUGGUGCGUCUUCGAAUUUAGAAGCACUUUUUGAAGACGGGUUUGACUAUCUAAAAUCAAGAUGA